CAACAGAAAGAAUAUGCUCAUUUCAUAAUAACCAAAAUAUGGUUUCCAACAACCAAAGUUUCUGAUUUUCAUUAUAUCUUCUUGUCAAACAAGAGGAAGCAGCAGAAGGUCUAGAUGAGAAAAAAGGGUAUUUGGGAGAGGAAAAAAAUGAAGGUAUUUGAGUAUGAAAAGCUUGAAAAAGCCACAGAAAACUUCUCAAAAUCAAGACUCAUUGGUAAAGGAAGCCAUGGAUGUGUAUACAAAGGAAUUCUAGAAGAUGGUAAAAUCAUAGCCAUAAAGAAGCAAUCAUUAGGACUUCAAAAAAUUCAAGACUACUCCAAACUAGAAAAUGAAGUAAGUAUUUUAUCAUCUCUGUCCGAAAACUCUUUCAUCGUUAAUUUUCUUGGAACGAGUAAUAAUAACUCGGCCAAGAAUGAAACUUUUCUUAUCAUGGAAUACUUGCCAAAUGGCACUCUACAUGAAAUGCUACAUGCAAAAAUCGUCCCUCCUCCUUGGCCUAAACGUGCCCAAGUGGCAAUUCAAGUAGCUAAAGCAAUCGAAUUUCUUCACCAAACUAAGCCUUCAAUUGUUCAUAGAGAUAUUAAAUCUACUAAUGUUUUGUUUGAUUCAAAUUGGAAUGCUAAGUUAGCUGAUCUUGGACUUGCCCUAAGGAUGAAAAAUGAUUGUGAAGAUGAUGAUCCCUGCUCGCCGAGUCAUCGUUCCAACUCGGUAACUCGACCUGCUGGCACGAUCGGAUACUUAGAUCCCAGUUACACCAAACCAAGCAAAUUAAGCACAAAAAAUGAUAUAUUUAGUUUUGGUGUAUUACUCCUGGAGAUUAUGUCUUCAAGAAAAGUGAUCGAUGUCUCAAAAUCACCAGUUUCUAUAGUUGAUUGGGCAACAACAUUGAUUAAAGAGGGACGUGAUUUGGAAAUUUGUGACAAAAGAAUGCAUGUGCCAUGGUAUAUGGAAGGCACGAUAAAGAACAUGUUACGCAUUGCUACACGUUGUGUUUCUACAAAGAAAAUAACUCGACCUUCAAUCCAAGAAAUUGUGAUGGAAAUGGAGAAUGUGAUAGUAGAGCCAACUAAAUAUCCUUUGUGGAAUAUAUUACGUAGCCUUACACUUUUGAAAAGGAAACGAAAAAGAUGCAGAAAAGAUUGCAGUAUUAUUACUACCACAGUUACCAAGACUUGUGCACAACAUGAAGGGAAGGUACAAAAGGAUAUGUCAAGACGGACGUUGUUGAUUAGGGAGAUAUUGGCAGAUAAAGUCAUGCAGUAGACGCAUGGGUGGAUCCAGAAUAUUUAUUAUAAAUUUACUAAUUUUACUUUGUUUCGUGUUAAAAUUAGUUGUUUCAUUUCAACUUAUUAGCAAAUAAUGCAAGUGAUGAGAAUAAUUGGAUGUUU